AUGUCACAAAAUUCACAACAAGCGAAUAAAAAAUGGGGAGUGGGAUCCUUUUUCCAGCAAGCAGUGGCGGGUGUUGAGUCUCGGUUGGACCACAUCUUGAUGGAAGAGGAGGCGUCGCAGAACGGUUCAACAGCCAAGUCUUCUGAUGCCCAAAGUGCAGAAGCACCUGAAAUUACUAAAAAGACCCCUGCUGCUCCUGUAUCCCGCAGUGCAUCGACUGCGCGCAGAAAUGACCGACUUCAGGAGCGGCUCGCCCGCGCCAUGGUGAAAUCAAAUGCUUCAAACCUCGCUUCGCAGUCUCCCCAAAGCCAAAUUUCAUCACCGCCUGCCAGUCCGGUACCCGGAAACGGGGCCCGGUCUAGUAUGGACAUCGAUUCUAAUAUUGCAUCGAACGCGAGCGUGGGGGAUGACUCUAAUAUUUCCCGGCCCAAUGAACAGAGUACUCUUAGUGGACUGGAUUCCCUGAGAAUGAGCUUCGACUCUGGGGUUUCAUCGCACGUUUCUGCGGAUGUUAGCGUAACGGACUCCGCGCCCAGAGACUCUGUAGAUGUGGCCCAGUCGGCAAUGGACUCAGAAAGACCAAGUCAGGAUUUAUCGGAAUCUCAACGCAAUGAGACACUCAGUGUUGUUAAUUUGGGUGACAGCCCACGCGUUAGCGUUGAAGUGCCUUCAGAGACACCAGAUGAAGCCCGGAACCCGGAUGUUGCUCGCCUGCAGGCUGAUCACAAAGCGGCCGAGUCCCAAUGGCAAGAAGAAAUGCACGGCUAUAUUGAACGCAUCGACGCAUUGCAGUCAAAGCUUAAGUAUUUGGCCAAAGAUGCUGCAGAAUCCGCUAAGAAUGCUGCAGCAAGCGCUACUCCAGGCAGCACACAGAAACAGCUGUUGGAGAAGGAUGAGAAAAUUGCAUUGCUCCUUGAAGAAGGCCAAAAGCUUUCCAAGUCGGAAAUGGACCACCGAACUGUGAUCAAGAAACUCCGUCAGCAACUUAACGACAACAACAAGUCUCAAUCAGAAAUGAAGAAAAAGACGGAGAAACUUGAGCGUGAUUUGGUCAAUUCUGAAGCCCGAGCUAAGCGUGCAGAGGCUGCAGAGAAAAGGGCAACUGAGUCUUUGUCGUCUCAGUCGAAAUCAAUUAAAGACCUGGAAGCCGUUACGAAUGAGCGCAACGCGCUUGCGCAGACUGUCCAAGAGAUCAAGUCACAACUAAACCGAGCCAACUCGCGUGCUGAAGCUGUCGAGACCAAAGCAAACUCUGACGCCCUGGAGCAAGAGAAGCACCGAGUGACCGAAAUAGAAGAGGAGCUAUCUAAUUUGAAGAUAGAGCGUGACAUUAGCGAAGAAAAAUCCAAGAAAGAGAUUACUGAGCUCAAGGUAAAGAUGGAACAAGAAAAGGAGAGAGCUCGGAUGCUCGAAGCAGAGUUGAAGGGCGAGCAAUCCGUUUUGGAGAGCAAGAUGGAAAGCCUUCGUUCCCGCGCAGAAGAAGCUUCAUCGGGAGCAACAGGGGAAACUCAAGCCAAACUUCUGCGCCAGAUUGAGACUCUGCAGACUCAAUAUGCGGUCGCUAGUGAAAACUGGCACACCCUUGAAGGCUCUCUGCUUUCCCGAUUGGCAAACGCGGAGAAGGAACGUGAUGACACAGCUCGACGUGAGAGCGACCUGCGGAAGAAGAUUCGGGAAAUGAAUCAGAAGCUCAAGAAGUUUGAAGAGGAUCUGGAUAACGCCAAGGAGGUGGAGCACGAUUUGGAGAGCAAGCUCGAUGAGCGCAUACAAGAGCUUCAGAAAAUGCAGCAGAAGCUCGAGAAAUCAGCAGAUGAGCUCACGUCAGCGCAAAAAGAUUUGGCCGAACAAAAGAAGACAUCCGAAGCUACCUUGGCGCAGAAGCUUGAGGACGAGCGGGCUAAAUGGAGGGACCAAAUUAAUUCGCCCUCCCAUCCGCGCGGAAUAUCUCCAGUCCCUUCCACACGGCGGUCAAGCACUCUUGACGCCAUGAACACGGUUCUUCCCGAUCUCCGUCCCCCUAGUCGGCGUUCGUCCAAUUUCCCCUUUGCAUCACCGGAAAUCGGCACACCACCCCGUCAGAACUCUUACCCUGCCUCUAUAACCCAGGCAACGCUCUCACCGCCGCACAUCAACACAAAUUCAUCAAUCUUAGAAGCUCCUUCUAUCAACUUCGAGCCGGACGAGUAUUUCGGAGAGUCUGGUACUCCUGCCACUCCGUCAGCGUAUGGGGGAACACAGGUACCGGCGCGUGGAAUCAACGACAUCAUAUCCGAAUCAACGACCGGUGCUGGUCCCUCCGUCCAGCUUGUUGAGCGCAUGAGUGCAACCGUGCGCAGGCUUGAGAGUGAGCGUGCUGGCUCCAAAGAUGAGCUGGCGCGCGUCACCACUCAGCGCGACGAGGCACGCCAGCAAGUCGUGGAUCUCAUGCGUGAGCUUGAAGAGAAACAACUUUCCUCUUCCCGCAUGGAAGAGCUCGAAGCUCAACUUGAAGAUCUCGAUCAGCGGUAUCAAACCACCCUAGAAAUGCUAGGCGAAAAGAGCGAGCAGGUCGAGGAGCUAAACGCUGAUAUCGCUGAUCUCAAGAAGAUCUACCGCGAGCUGGUCGACAGUACCAUGAAAUGA